CUUCGCCCUUUUGAUUCAUGAAAUAAAGCCCUAGGGCCGCCCGCCAGCCGUUCGUUUGGAAUUGAAACCCUAGGCUUCGCCCCGCGUAGGAUUGUUGCGAUUUGCCAUUAUACGGUAGAUUGCUUGACAAGAGAACCGUUUGGUUGUCUCUGCAAUUGGUUCUUCGAGCCCCUGAUUCAUAGCUUGGCAUAUAGAGCAGAACUGUUGUUCUCGCAAUAGGGCAGAAAGUGCUUGGUUGUCAAUAGGCAAUUCGUGGCUUGACAUGUAGGCCAAUUCUGUAUUUCCUGGAUGUUGAUAGCCUGCGGUAGUAUAGAUCAGAAAGUUUUUAAAGAAGUCAGUUUCAACAAAUAAUCCUGCAAAAGUGCAAGGUGAAGCUUUGUGCAUGAGACUUUAGUAUAGUGUAAUCCGAUAGCUUUUAUGUGUGUACAUAUGAAAUGGGUGGUUCUGGAAGACUUCUAUUUGAUCUUAAUGAACUACCAGAAGAAGAGGUAAAUGUGGACGAUUGCCCAAUCGUUUAUCAGCCACAAAAAUCUCUUCCAGUUUCCACGUUGAACAGUUCAACUCUUUUGCCAUCAUCUGAAGCAUGUCAAAGGAUACAGAAUAACCAUGCUUUCACACAUGCGUCGAUCGGUUCUUGUUUUCAACCUUUUGUCAGAAAAGAAGUGUCAAAGAAACCAAAAGAAUUUGAAAAAUUAGGAGUUGAAUCAAAUACAGACCAAGCUUCAACAUCUGUGGCUUCAAGUUUUGAAGAUGUUAACAAAAUUAACAUACUGGUCCAGUCAGGUUGUCAGGGUGGCCAGACAGUUGAAAGAGAAGAAGGGGAAUGGUCUGACAUGGAUGUCAAUGGAGAUGAUAAUGCUAGCAUUUCAAGCAAUAAGCAAGAGAUACUUGAUGAUGAAACUACAGAGAAGCAGAUAAUGAAUGAAGAAAGUCGGUCUUGUGGUAAGGCUGAUGGUAGUGGUCAUAACAAUUCUAGUCUUUUGGGAAUUACUGUUAAUGAAGUUUGUGAACCAAUAAGAGAUCCGAAUGAGAAUCUCCCUGUCUCAGAGAACUAUGCAACUUACAAUUCUAGAGUAGACGCCCCUGUUGAUGGAUUUGGGGAAUCUUCAAGUGUAAAACCAAGAGAAGUUAAAGGAGUUGAAGCAAGUCAUGCUCUGAGAUUUGCAAGUAAUCCUGUUAAGAGGCCUAAAAUUGAUGAGCACAAGGAGGCAAUGUUGGGUAAAAAGAGAGCCAGACAAACUGUCUUCAUAAAUGUGGAGGACGCAAAGCAGGCUAGUUCAAUGAAAACAACCCCUAGGAGGCAGACUUCUUUUCCAGCAACAGUUGUUACCCGAACUGUUAAGGAUUCAUCUCGUGCUAGUACUCCUGUUAUUGAACGAGGCACUGAAAGGCCAAAUACUAAAGAUCAAAAGCAAUCUGACUUCAUGAGCACCGAAGGUAGUUCAACUUUGGAAUCAGGUAACCUGAAAAAUGAACCAAAUGGGGAUGCCAUUUCAGGUCCAGGUCGCCCAAAGAAGCUGAAUCACAAUGAGGUUUUUUCAGAAACAUAUCCCUCAGUUUCAAAGCAGGUCCCUUCGAAGCAGUCUGUGGACACCAGACAAUUCACAAACUCUUCUGUUUCAUCUAGGAAGCCUCUUGUUUCUGGACUAGGCAACACAGAUCAGAAAUUAGGGGUAAAAAAGAAUACUUCUUCCAAGAGGCAGAAUUCAAUCAACCAUCAAUACCAAGAUACAUCUGUAGAACGUCUUCUUAGGGAGGUGACAAGUGAGAAAUUUUGGCAUCAUCCAGAAGAGACAGAUUUGCAGCGUGUUCCUGGUCAAUUUGAGUCCGUUGAAGAAUAUGUGAGAGUUUUCGAGCCUUUGCUUUUUGAGGAAUGCCGAGCACAGUUGAACAGCACCUAUGAGGAGCUUCAGGAGAAUACAACAAGGGAUGCAUAUAUAAUGGUUCGCAUAAAGAAUGUUGAGAGAAGAGAGCGAGGGUGGUUCGAUGUUAUUGUUCUUCCAGUUCAUGAAUGCAAGUGGAAUUUUAAGGAAGGAGAUGUUGCUGUUUUGGCAUAUCCAAGCUCUGGUGCAGGCAGAUCAGGUAGAAGAGGUAAUUAUAGUACAAAUGAUGAUGAUGCUGAACACGAGACUCCCGGACGUGUUGUUGGUACGGUAAGGCGACAUAUUCCUAUUGACACACGUGAUCAGCCUGGAGCCAUUUUUCAUUUCUAUGUUGGCGACUUGUAUGAUUCUAGUAGCAAGUCUGAUGAUCAUAUCCUGAGGAAGCUUGAACCCAAGACUACUUGGUACCUAACUACCCUUGGUUCCCUUGCCACUACUCAGCGUGAAUACAUAGCUCUGCAUGCUUUUCGUCAUCUUAACACCCAGAUGCAAUCUGCAAUAUUGAAGCCUAGUCCGGAGCAUUUUCCAAAGUAUGAAGAGCGGCCACCUGCUAUGCCUGACUGUUUUACUCAAAAUUUCGUAGAUCAUCUACAUAGGACGUUCAAUCUUCCACAGUUGGCUGCAAUCCAGUGGGCUGCUAUGCACACUGCUGCUGGUACCAAUAGCAGAGGAACUAAGAGACAAGAUCCUUGGCCUUUUACUCUUGUUCAAGGUCCACCAGGAACUGGAAAAACACAUACAGUUUGGGGAAUGCUUAAUGUGAUUCAUCUUGUCCAAUAUCAACAUUACUACACUGCACUGCUCAAGAAACUUGCGCCUGAGAGUUAUAAGCAAACAACUGAGAUUAAUUUAGUGAAUGCCAGCAGCGGAUCAAUAGAUGAAGUCUUACAGAAUAUGGACCAAAGUCUCUUAAGGACUCUUCCAAAACUUUGUCCAAAACCAAGAAUGCUAGUGUGUGCUCCUUCAAAUGCUGCCACAGAUGAGCUGUUAGCAAGGGUUCUUGAUCGUGGCUUCAUUGAUGGAGAGAUGAAAGUUUAUCGACCUGAUGUAGCUCGUGUUGGAGUAGAUUCACAGACCCGAGCUGCUCAGGCAGUGUCUGUUGAGCGAAGAACUGAACAACUUCUGCAGAAAAGCCGUGAUGAAGUAAUUAAAUGGUUACAUGACUUGAAAUGUCGUGAAGCUGAACUGGCACAGCAAAUAGCUCGCCUGCAGAGAGAGCUCAGUGUUGCAGCUGCCGCUGGUAGGUCGCAAGGAUCUGUAGGUGUUGAUCCUGAUGUUCUCGCUGCUAGAGAUCAAAACCGUGACAUGUUACUCCAGUAUCUUGCUGCAGCCAUAGAGAACAGGGAUAAAGUUCUUGUUGAUAUGUCACGAUUCCUUAUACUGGAAAGCAAAUUUCGUUCUGGGAUUAACUUUAAUAUGGAAGAUGCUCGAGCCAACCUUGAAGCAAGUUUUGCUAACGAAGCUGAGAUUGUUUUUACAACUGUUUCAAGCAGUGGCCGGAAAAUAUUCUCUCGUCUCACCCAUGGAUUUGAUAUGGUGGUUAUUGAUGAGGCUGCUCAGGCAAGUGAAGUUGCAAUUCUCCCACCACUGUCACUUGGUGCUGCAAGAUGUGUUUUGGUAGGUGAUCCACAGCAACUUCCUGCAACUGUUAUCAGUAAAGCUGCUGGAACUUUACUUUAUAGCAGAAGUUUGUUUGAGAGAUUUCAACAAGCUGGAUGCCCGACACUAUUGUUAUCUGUUCAGUAUAGGAUGCACCCUCAAAUUCGUGAUUUCCCAUCACGCUAUUUCUAUCAAGGACGUCUGACUGACAGUGAGAGUGUUGUUAACUUAGAGGAUGAGGUUUACUAUAGAGAUCCUCUGUUACAUGCUUAUGCAUUCUAUGAUAUUACACAUGGAAGGGAGUCACAUAGGGGAGGAUCUGUCUCUUACCAGAAUGUUCAUGAAGCUCAAUUUUCUCUAAGGUUGUAUGAACAUUUACAGAAGUUUGUCAAAUCAAAUGGUGGGAAAAGGGUAACUGUUGGCAUAAUUACGCCUUAUAAAUUACAGCUUAAAUGUCUUCAACGAGAAUUUGAGGAUGUGCUCAAGUCUGAAGAAGGCAAGGACAUAUACAUCAAUACAGUUGAUGCAUUCCAGGGUCAGGAGCGUGAUGUAAUUAUCAUGUCGUGUGUGCGUGCCUCAAAUCAUGGAGUGGGAUUUGUUGCUGAUAUCCGCCGAAUGAACGUUGCCCUUACUCGGGCUAGGAGGGCCUUAUGGGUGGUUGGCAAUGCUAAUGCGCUCAUGCAGUCUGAAGAUUGGGCUGCAUUGAUUGAUGAUGCUAAAUCAAGAAAAUGUUUCAUUGACAUGGAAAGCAUUCCAAAGGAAUUCUUACUGCUCAAAGGAUCUGCUACUGCUCCUGCAAAGCCGACAUUAAAUAGCACAAGGAGUUCGCGAAGUGGUCAUAGACAAAGGCACUUAGAUGUGCUCCCAGAACCCAAGUCUGGAACACAGUCUGAAGAAGAAGAUAAGCCCAACCAUUUCCCAUCUAGAAAUGGAAGCUAUAAAAAUGUAAAGAUGAAUGAUGCUUCAUUAGAUGAUAUUGGCCAUUCAAUCGAAAAGUCUAAAAAUCCUUCUCAGUAUAGCAUGUCCAAGAGGCAAAACACUUCUGGAUCUUCAAAAUGAGAGAUAAACAAGUUCACAUCUGCAGGCAUGUCUUUCUUCCAUCAUUGAGUUUAUAAUUUUCAACUGUCUGGCAAGGCCAGGGAGCUUUGGUCUCACAGGCAAGACACUUUUGGUCAUGGCUCGUCCACGAUCACUUGGGUGGAUAAAUAUGUGAUACAUGAUUAGGAGAAUGGUCAGCAAGAUGAUGAUGGCUUUCCUGCCGCUCUGCGCCAGAGGUGGGAAGAUCCGUGCUGCACAGGGCCUGGAGACCAAGCACCUCUUGAUCCCCAUGUAAGUUUUAUGAAGCAAAAUGUAUUUUGGAAGGAACCUUCCACUAACAGCAGACCUUGUUCCUACUGCCAGUUGAAUUGCCACAAUUUCAGACCAUCACACGUUGAUAACGACAGGGAUUACACGGUUAGUGCAGUGAUAUCUUAUUGGUCUUGGACGAUCAUCAGGUAAAUAACAUCAAGCGAUUACACAGUCCCGUCAUAACUUCACAUAUUUUCUGUGCAGUAUAAUGCUUUAGGUUAAAUUCCUUCUGUACAAACUGAGUUGUAGAUCAAACAGUAUCGGAGGGUUAACCUGACGGUAGGGAGAUUGGGAAGGCGGCUGCUUUUGUUCAUAACCUUUCUUUUUUUUUAAGCUGUAUUAAGUUGAAUAGUUAAUUAAUUCUUUCUGUAAUAGUGUACGAGAAAUGCUCUAUACAACAAUUUGUCAAAUUCCUAGA